AUGAUUGCAAAAGACAUCCACGACGAAGAGAAAUGGCUCGCCGAAGGGAUCGCCGCUAUUCAACACAACGCAUACUUCAUGCAUCGCGCUCUGGAUGAUAACAAUCUCAGAGAUUCACUCAAAUACUCGGCGAUGAUGCUUUCUGAACUUCGAACUUCUAGGCUUUCACCUCAUAAAUAUUAUGAACUGUAUAUGAGAGCCUUUGAUGAGCUACGGAGGUUGGAGAUUUUCUUCAAAGAUGAAAGUAGACAUGGAGUUUCAAUAGUUGAUCUUUAUGAGCUUGUUCAACAUGCAGGGAAUAUAUUGCCGAGAUUGUAUCUUCUUUGCACGGUGGGAUCCGUUUACCUUAGAUGUAAGGAUACUCCUGUGAGGGACGUUCUUAAAGACCUGGUGGAAAUGUGUCGCGGUGUUCAGCAUCCGAUUCGUGGUCUGUUUUUGAGGAGUUACCUUUCUCAAGUUAGUAGAGACAAGUUGCCUGAUAUUGGUUCUGAAUACGAAGAAGCGGACUAUGGCAGUGUGAAGGAUGCAGUUGAAUUUGUUCUAGAGAAUUUUUCAGAAAUGAACAAGCUCUGGGUUCGCUUGCAACAUCAGGGACCUGGCCGGGUAAAAGAAAAAAAAGAUAAAGAAAGGAACGAGCUUCGCGAUCUUGUCGGGAAAAACCUCCACGUUCUGAGUCAGAUAGAUGGCGUGGACCUUGAGAUGUACAAAGACACUGUCCUUCCAAGUGUUCUAGAGCAGGUUGUCAAUUGUAAAGAUGAGCUUGCCCAAUUUUAUCUUAUGGAGUGCAUAAUCCAGGUUUUUCCAGAUGAAUACCACUUGCAGACACUUGAGACACUCUUAGGUGCUUGCCCCCAGUUGCAGCCCACGGUAGACAUCAAAACAGUGUUAGCUCAGUUAAUGGACAGGUUGUCAAAUUAUGCUGCCUCAAGUUCUGAAGUAUUACCUGAAUUUUUGCAAGUGGAGGCAUUUACCAAACUAAGUACUGCAAUAAGCAGGGUGAUAGAAGCACAGGUUGACAUGCCUAUUGUGGGUGCAAUAGCUUUACAUGUCUCUCUUCUUACAUUUACUCUCCGUGUUCAUCCAGACCGACUUGAUUAUGUGGAUCUAGUACUGGGAUCCUGUGUCAAGAAGCUGUCUGGAAAACCAAAGCUUGAUGACAGUAGAGCAACAAAGCAAGUUGUUGCACUUUUAAGCGCCCCACUUGAUAAAUACAAUGAUGUUGUGACUGCACUGACACUUUCUAAUUAUCCUCAUGUAAUGGAUCAUCUUGAUAAUGUGACAAAUAAAGUCAUGGCUAUGGUUAUUAUCCAAAGCAUUAUGAAGAAUAACACUUACAUAUCCACUGCCGAUAAGGUUGAAGUUUUAUUUGAAUUAAUAAAAGGACUUAUAAUGGAUUUGGAUGGAACUUCUGAGGAUGAGAUCGAUGAGGAAGAUUUCAGCGAGGAACAAAACUCUGUUGCUCGUCUCUUAAACAUGCUUCAUAAUAAUGACCCCGAGGAAAUGUUCAAGAUAAUAUGUACAGUAAAGAAACAUAUUAUGAGUGGAGGACCGAGGCGCCUACCUUUCACAAUUCCUUCUCUUAUAUUUUCUGGACUUAAGUUGAUCAGGCAAUUGCAAGGCCAAGAUGGAGACAUAGCAGGAGAAGAAGAACCUGCAACACCCAGAAAAAUAUUUCAGAUUUUAAAUGAGACCAUUGAAGUUCUAUCUUCUGUAUCAUCGCCUGAACUGGCCCUGAGACUGUAUCUGCACUGUGCUGAGGUAUGCUCGAACUUGCAAACUUAA